AAUAAAUAAGCGCGCGCGCACGCCGGCUACGUGUAUAACGGAUAACGCCGUCGUCGUCCCCGUCCUUGUCGCGCACGUUGCGAUCAUGAUGUUCUCGCUCGUUUUUCUCCUCGCUAGGAUUUUCACGGAACACUCGAAUUACGUGAGAGAGAUGACGCGUGUUCGACACGUGCGAGUGCAGCGAAUCGCGUAAAAGCGCAUCGCGUAAUCGAUCCCCCAGUUUAGCGAUGCUGGCCGCGUGUAACCUCUAAAUACGCCGCAGAAAAAGAGCGCUGAACAUAACCUACAAUAAUCUACGUACCUCACGUACGUAAUGUAGUUCUUUUUCCUUUCUUUUUUUUUUUUAUCAUUCGUCGGUUCUCGUAUUUGCGCCCCUCGUUUUCACCCCUUAUUCUUAUUCGUUCCCUUUGAUUGUUCUUCGCGGCUCGUAAAGCGGAUAAAAAAAAUAAAUAAAUAAAAAAAGGGGACCAAAGUGCGCGCCGUCGACGGCAAUUCGCGAGUGGGAUCCACGGUCGACAUUUAUCUAACUUUACCGCAGAUCUUCAUCGAUCUUCUUCUUCCUGGAUAGCACGAAACGAAGUCGACGAUGAAGCGAGAUAGUUAGGAGAUGCUGUAAGUCGACGCCUGUAACGUAACACCCGUACGGAGAAUGUCAGUUACAAACGGUACGGUCGCCUAUAAACGGUGGAUUAUGUCGCACAGGAGACAGACUUAGGUAAAAUGUCUCGCAGUUUGCCAGACAGGGUGGCCGGGCUCUACUAUGCCCACGGCCUAUUCUGCUCCUCUCAUCCCGUCAUCAUACUCUCGCUCGCAAUCUCGGUUUUGCUAUUUUGCUGCUAUCCACUUGUCAAUCUGCCUAUACCAGGCAACGCUCCGAAAACUGUAAUAAACAAUACCAUCGUACCAGCGAACGAUACAGAAACUUCAGUAUUGUACGUUCAACAAGUAGUGUUAAGAAUCGGAGUAAUGCCAUGGACUGAAGAUCUGACGUUGAUGGAUGCCUUUCGAGGGCCUCUUUACGAAGUGUUCAAUCUCUUGGAGAUCAUACAAAACUAUCAACACCCAGAAACAUUCAAGACACUUGGCCAAGUAUGUUUGCAUAUCGAAGCAGCGAAAAGACGAAAUGGCAAAAAAGCAGAAGUGUUGCCAGAAUACAACUGUCUUGUUCUAUCACCUGCAAAUUUGUGGCAACAGAGUAUAGAGUUGUUUGCUCAAGAUACAAAUCUCAUUAAUACGAUAUUUUCUUAUCAGAAUCUUCAAAGGGGUAAAAUAAGUCUCGCAGAAGUAAUGUUUGGAAUGAGUUUGAAAGAAACGGGGAUAAAGAGAUAUCCUGCUCGGAUUCGUCAAAGAAUUCUCCAAUAUGCUGUAACUAUUUAUUUGAAGAAAUAUGAUGAAGAAUUUAUAAAAGGAUUGCAGAAUCGAUUGAAAACUUAUUAUCAUCUGCAUCAAAAUGUUAGCAACAAUACGGACAAUGAUGAAAUAUUGAAUAUUUUCUACCCUGGUGAAUUCAAUUAUAGUGAAUUCUUCCCAUUGAUGAUGACCUUCCUGGCCUUAUUUUUCUACGAAUAUUUUCAAGUGCGGAAAAUAGAACUUGUCAAGUCUAAACUGGGCAUUGCGUUUAGUGCUACUGUGACAGUGAUGGGCUCCCUAUCUAUGACAGUGGGUGUGUGUUUUUUCUUCGGUUUGACUUUGAGUAUGAGCGCCAAAGAAGUGUUUCCGUAUUUGGUGAUUAUUUUCGGCCUUGAAAACGUUCAAGUGUUGACAAAGAGUGUCGUCAGCACGCCCGCGCAUCUGGACAUGAAAAUACGCGUCGCUCAAGCUCUAUCGAAGGAGGGAUGGUCUAUUACGAAGAAUCUACUCACGGAAGUAACGAUUCUAACUAUCGGACUAUUCACUUUUGUUCCUGCUAUUCAGGAAUUUUGCAUAUUUGCCAUCGUUGGACUAUUGAGUGAUUUUUUCCUACAAAUGGUAUUCUUCUCGACUAUUCUUGCGCUUGAUAUCAGACGUACGGAGCUAUCCAGCGAGAAUUCCAAGUUUCACUUGUCGCACAUCCCGCCAUCACGCAGGACACAAUUCACCACUACUAUUACCAAUAGAAAACCUCACAUCUUCCGCUCCAAGUCUCAUCCAAGAUUGAAUGGUUUAUCCACUGGUCCGACGAACGUUAUCGCUCCAAAUACACAAAAUACUCAUACACUGGGCAAGAUUCCCAAGCGUUUGAGAUUGGUGCACAUUUGGGCGCGAACGCGAAUCUUCCAACGUGCAUUUAUGGUAUGGAUGGUCGUGUGGAUCAGCAUGACUAUCAACAAUUCCGGCAUUAUUGAGCAUGUGAUACACUUGAGUGAGACGCUAAAACCAGAAGCUGAUAUUGAUGGAUAUACGAUAGAUAAACCUCAACCAUUGAACUAUGUUGAGCUAAAUACAGUAACACCAAUAUCCGUGUCACCGACGACUAUAGCACCAGAUAAUUUGAAUGAACAGGACAUAACUAAUAAUGCGACCGAAGAAUUGAACAAGUUAAGACCAAUGGAUUUUCCGCCUUGGAAUAGUUUAUCAUUGUACCAUUGGUCCUCGAUUCUUUCGAUGUAUAACGUGUCGAUUGCUGGUGGACGAGUGACUAUACUUCCGACAAUAAAGCUAUCGCAUGCGGUGAAUCCACAAUUAGUGAAACAAAUAAGCAAUCCGAAUGACGUUCAGCACUUCCAAUGGCAGAGUCUUGCUACCGCCGCGCUCGAUCCUUUGGAUUUUUCCGAUAUGGAAGUACGGUCGAGAUCGGAGGGACGCGUAUUCAAUACGGACGCGCCUUUUGUACCGUCGAGUCCGAUGGAGAUAUUUUUGGCCGCUGUACUGUGCCUCAUUAGCGUGAUCGUGGUCGCUUACACGAUGGUCGUACUCUAUCGUUGUAUCUGCUCCAGAAAUUAUGCCGAGUGGCGAGCUAGCUGGAAUAAGCAAGAAAAGACGCAUGAUUCCGUUACUCAGCUAGUGUUGGAGGCAGUGCCCUUAGUUUUGGAAGGCCAUAUUCAGGAAGUGGAAUGUAUCGCGACGGACGGUAAUACUAUUGCUAGCACAUGUCUAGCGGGACACAUCAGGAUAUGGGACUCGACGUCUGGUGAAGAGCUGGCGCAUAUCGAUAGACGGCAAUUCUUCAUCGGUCCUCAGAAAACUUUGAGUCAAACAUCACCGGAUGCUGACGAAUUGAUGUCAGAUUAUGAGAGCGGUGCGCAAUCGAUGGGACUUUACUCACCAGCUUCGACGAUGUAUCAAGGAAAGUUAUUUCCCGCUUACAACGCGCAGAGAGUUGUUAAUAAUAACAAUCACAAAAGGCGAUCUAUAGGAAACACGCUGGAUUACGAUUAUCAGAUCACUGAACUCGGUAGCGACACUAAGCAGAGGCUAUUACGUCGAAGCUUAGACAGCGCUUAUGAUCUCCCCGAUUUGAAACCGGCGAUCAAUAUUAAAUUUUCAUCCAUAAAAUACACGCCUUUGCAAAAGAAUUACGAUCAAGGCUUCGACUUUGGCGAGCGAUAUAAAAUUUUACUGAAGAAACAUAAUAAAUCGAUCGAGGAAAUGCAAAAAUCUGAAACUAGGGAACAGUUGAACGUACUCCCCGCGAGACCAACUAACUCAGUUGGCAGCACGACCUCCAUAAAUACAGAUCGUACGAUACAAUUGUCGCAUAUCGCAUCGGCGAUUUGGUGUAUGGAUUAUCAGGAAAAUCUUAUAGUGGUUGGAUGCGCUAACGGCAGUCUAGAAUUCUGGGAGGGUACGACCGGUAGAUUUAAGUGUCUCUUCGAUGACGGAUCGGGACUUGGAAUUUCUGCAGUUAAACUCGUCGGUAGUAGAGUAGUAGCAGCUAAGUUGAACGGUACUGUCGAUUUUCUGCAACUCGAGAGUUACAGCGAAGGCCAGCAGAUUGAUUGGGGCUUCACAUCUUAUAGAAGAACACAUGUGCGAACAGGCAGCGCUGGUUCACCCAUGGACCUAAAUAACAGUAUGCAUACGGAGGAAGAUCUACGCUGCAUGAAAAUUGGCUCUCAUAGAGCGCAUCAACAAGCGAUCACCGUCCUGGACAGCGAAGGCGGACGUGUAUUAACGGGUAGCCAGGAUCAUACCUUGAAAGUAUACAGGUUAGAGGAUCAACUGCCUCUGUAUACGCUUCACGGACAUUGCGGUCCGAUAUCAUGUCUAUUUAUCGAUAGACUCAGUCCCAUGACAUCCGGUAGUGGGUCUCAGGAUGGAUUACUGUGUGUAUGGGAUCUUUUGACAGGAACAUGCAUGUAUAGUAUUCAAGCUCAUGAUGGUGCUGUAGCUGCUAUUACAUGUUCGGUAUCGUAUGUGAUAAGUAUUGGAACAGAUGAAAGAUUAUGUGUCUGGGAGCGUUUUCAAGGGCACUUACUACAUACUUUGCCAGCACAUAAAGCAGCUUACAGUUUACAAUUAGUGAUGCUGACACAUCAUCUCCUCAUAAUUAGUAAUCAGGGAUCAUUAGUAGUCUGGGACGUAAGGACGGGUGAGCCUGUGCGAGAAGUGAGAUUGGGUCAUAAAGACAGUUGCAUUUUCGUAAAACAGAUGUUGGCUUUGAGGGAUAGCGUGGUUUGCGAUUACGGCCGGCAAUUAAGAAUAGUCAGAUUUCCGUUGGUCUCUGAUAAGCUCGACUAAAUUCUCUGUAUACGCGCGUGUACAUAGCCAUUUUUCUUUACCUAGCGUUAUUCAAAGAAAGUGUCUUAUGUUAUUUAGUCUUUAGCUUUUAGAAACUUGUAGAUUUUUAUACAACAUAUAUCGUGAUAUUCUAAAAAGCGAUGUAUAUUUUCGAUGUAAGUUUAUGUUCUCUGACUACACACUGUGGCCAUUUUAGAGUGCACAACUUUCAUAUAAUCGCGAUACACAUGCUUACAGAAAUAUAUUUUUUAUCCGAUAAAACACAUUAUAUAAUCACAUUUUUUUUUAUUUUUAUGCCGAAUCGUUGAUGCUGAUAACAUUAAUGACUUCUAUAAACACCAAUUGAGAAGAUUAAAGAAAUGAAGAUUGUAUAGUUACACAUAAAAUGUUGUAUAUAUUUUAUAUUUAGAAUUCUUUUUAUUUAAUUAAAUUAAAUGAUUCAGAAUUUUAUGCUCGAUUACAAGCUCUUGAGUCAAACGUAAUAUCUCUUCAUUCUAGUAUUUUAUAACAUGCAUAGUGGCUGUGCUUCAUUUUGGAAUGCCUAUUAGCUUUUAUUCUGUAAUAUAAAAGCGCUUCAUAUUCUCUAUUUAAAUCCUUUUUAUGUUUUUACGAUAUAUAACAUCGUGAUAACAUACAUGCAUUUGUAAAACCAGUGUUAUUCUUUAAUGCAUAGAUAUAAGACAUUCUACUUAUGACUCGAUAACGAUUAUGACAUAACUAAAUAUCAGCGACAAAUAAUUGUAAGUUUCUGUGACAUUUUGAAUAUUCCUACUCGCUUUAAUGAUGGAAUAUGGAUUUUGAAAUCGCACGGGAAUUAAUCGAAUGAUUUUUUUUGAAUUGUCGAAUAAUGUAAUAACAUUACAUUCAACGACUAUAACUGCAAGUAAACCAAAACUUAAAUCUGAGUCCUCGUAAAUGAAUAUAAAUAUUAUUGUAUGGAUGAAAAUGAAAUAACCAUUGUUACACAUCAAAGUUUUAAAAGUGCCUUUAUCGUAUUCGUCAUUUUCAUCUUUACGAAGAAAAAUUGAAUAAUUCACUAAAAUAAAAAUAAAUAAUUAAUAUGAUAAAAAAAGAGAUAAAUCUCUGUAUAUUUAUUAUUAUAUAAAAUAUAUUAAUUAUGUAAAAAUUAAACUUAUUUAAUUUAAUUUGAUAUAUAAUUAAAUUUAUUUAAUUAAAGAGAUUUUGAUGUGAUUCUGAUACCCAAAUUGUUUUAAAAAUUUAGAAAGAUUAUAACCAUGAUGUUAUUUAAAGUUGGUUGGUGCUAUCGUUUAUGAUUAAGUUAUUUCAAGGGGCUGGAGUUACAUGAAUAUAUUAAUUACACAUAUGGGUUAUUUGUGAAUAUAUUUUCAAUUGAUUCCAUCAAUUGGAUAUUUAUUUAUUGUCAUCGCACUACAUUUUUGCGUUUUACACAAUUGUAAACACAAUUUUUUAAAGGGGAAGAGUUUAAGCAAAAUGACAUUGAUUUCUAAUUUAUCCAACUAUGUUUAUAUGUGUUACAGUAGUAAUGUGUUAUUACGUCCACGUAUAGGUACAUGAAAAAAGGAUCUGCUUCUUUACUUGCUUUACUUAAUAUGGCAGCUGAUUUGUAAGAGAUGCGUAUAUAAUGUUACAUAAACAAACAUAGUUCUUUGAGGGAGUACAUGCCGUUCCGAGUUGCUAUAUAUUAUUUUCUUGCGAAUAAGCGGACUUGGAAGAAUAUAAUAGAUUGUGCUUGUCUUUAAUCUGUAUAUAUAGAGGGAUAAUCAACUUUAUUAAGGUAAAUGCGUGUACAUCGAUCUUCUUUCUCGACAGGAUGCAAUGCUCUCAUAGUCAAACAUAGAUGAAUGGAAAUUAACUCGAGAAUAUUGGCGUAUUGGAUAAUAAUGCGAACAUCGCAUUGUAGAGAUGUCUUUCUUGAUUUUGUUUAUAUUAAAAAAUAUAUUUGUUAUAGGUUUGUUCUCUCUUUUUUUAACUGAACUGAAACGGAACAAAAUUGAAGAAGACGGAUAUAUAUUUAGAACUUGAAAAGAGAAAGAGAGAAAAAAACGAAAAGUGCAAGAAAUUCAGUAAAAUUCAAUAAAAAGAAUAAGUAUACACUAAAAAGAUAUAUAAUUAGCAAAACAAUAUUCUUUUACAAUACGAAUCAAACUAUCCGUACGCCACACUUCUCGCAAGUUAAUAAAAUUUUAGACUGAUUGUACUCAAUAUAUGGCAUUUUUUUUUUAAUAAAUAUUUAAUUUUUAAAUGUUUUCUAUGCGCGAAAGCGCAUCUGUAAUCGACGAGAGAAGGAAAAAUAGCAAUAUAGAUAUAUAUUUUUCCUAAGCAACUUUAUAUCGCAAGCAUUACUGCAAGACUCAACUCUAUACUGGUAAAAAAUAAACGAACAAAAAGAAGAUAUACAGGAUGUCCGAUAAAUCGUGGUGAGAGAGUCGACUUCCCGUGAAAAAAAAAAAAAAACAAAUAACAGAAAUAUAAAAUAAAUAUUUUGAUAUAAUCUUCGAGAGAGAGAAAAUUAGUCUUGAAUAUAUGUAUAUAUAUAAAUGCGUGUUUCUAUAUUUUUGAUUGUAAUAUUGUGCGCGCUGAUUACGAUACAGUUCUUAGUAAAAAUUAGCGAUUGAGACAUCAAUUGUCACGAGUCGCCAACGAUUUAUUGAUCAUCCCGUAUUAUAAUAAAAUGUGCUCCUAGUAACAACUGUUGACUCGCUAAUGAUUAAAAAUCUGUGCGUGCGACUUUUAUAUUUAUUUAGUUAAUUUAAUACAAAUUUUCAUGCCGAUCAUAUGCAGAAUAUAUUGUUCUUAAUAAAUUGUCAUAUUUAAUGUAUGCU